UCAAUGAUAAUCAAUUAUUAAUUAAAUAUUUGUAUCUAAAUAUCUGACUUCAUAGAUUCGUAGAAAACAUCUAAAUAUUCAUCACCUAAAUGACACGUGUCUAUAGUUUCAUCAAUUAUUCCUUGAACUAAUCAAAUCUUGAUCUGUGUGGUUAUUCAAAUAGUAAAAAUUUGCUUUUUAAAUACAUGUAUAAAAGACACGUCAUGAGCAAUUGACAUCAUGUAAUUGAAAUGUGCUAGACUUUUUAAUAUAUUCAGAUUAUACAUUAACAUUCAGAGACUUCACGGAUUACGACAUAGAGAGAAAAUUAUCAAGUCGAGAUGAAUACAUAAGAAUGCAACGUGCUUGGAAAAAUUCCGUAUUACUCUCAAUAUUCUUAACAUAUGUGCUUAAGAAUCACGCGGCAUAACAACAAUAGCACCCUUAACUUAAAUCAAUCUGGCACGCAAUGUCCGCCAGGCAGGAACAUCAUUGAUGUAAUUUCAAAGUUAAGUAAGACGCGUCAGAUGUUUUCUCUCGAUUACGUCGCUGCGCCAGUAAAAUGGAUCGCCGGCGGUCAGGUCGACCGUUCGCAUUGGAGUAGAACCGAUUGCGCGAAUGAUCGAGAGAAAGUUUGGCGAAUUACGUUCCAUUAGAUUUUCCUGUUGGCAAGAAUAAAUGUUAAAUCAGUCUUGUAAGUCUCAACGCCUUAGGUACCAGCGGUAGCAAUCGUUGGUAUUUGAACGGGAAUAAUGCUUUUGACAUUUGAAACAGCUUCCAUAACUAUUUCUGGAAUUUUAGAAGCAGCAAAUUUAUGUACGUUCAGCGAUUGUAUAUUAGAAACGCUUGGCACUUCAAUGUUAUCCACAUUAAACAUAAAAUUAACCCACAGCCUGUUAUGACGUUGUUCAAGGAUGAAAAUAACUUUUUCCCGAACAAGGCUCACGUUUUUAUCUCCCGAGGUUGAAAUUCAAUGUGAAUAAUUUUUUUGUCUUUGAGAAAUAAUUUCGUAAUUCCAGCCACGUCUGUCCUUCUUAAGAUUUCCUAGAUUUAACGAAAAUCACUGAGUGUAAAAUAAUGACUGGAAUAAAAAUAUGCAAUUUGCAUUCCUCGCUCGCUAUUCAUUCAGAUAAGGUGUUGAAUAAACAUGACGUAGACGUAGAAUAAACGUUUAUAGAUCGCAUUCUCGCUUUCAAUUAGCAAACAUUUACACGUGGUAGCGGAAACAUAUGCGUGUUAUUGCGUUUAUCCUGAAGUUGAGUCUAGCAUAGUCUAGCAUAGUCAACAAGAACAAAUUAAUAGUGAGCAUAUCAGUUUUUCCAGGUAUAUCUACUAUUUUAUAUCACACUGUCACGCCAUGAAAUAAAAAAUUAAAAAAUAGAAAAAAUCGCGAGCCGUCGAACGAAGCAAUUUUCAAAAUACGUGACACAUGCACGUUCCGCACGCUUGGCACUAAAAGGCGGCUAACUGAUAGAGUAGAAGAACGAUAUGAAAAACUACACGGAAAAAGCCUUGCGCGCGCGAGAAAUAGCGCGGGAAAGUAAUUAGCGGUUAUAGGCCACGCUGUCGUUCCUCGUCCCGGGACGGGAGAGGGGAUUCGAUUAAAAUCGCAGUGACGUGCCUGCGUAUCAGAGUCAGGCUCAGUUUCCUUUCCGGCGUCUUUCAGAAUGACAACGGUGUCGUUGUCGCCGACGCGCGUCGAGAUCUCGGCAUCUCAUUCUCGACUAUCGUGGUAGUGACAGGUGCUUUAUCAAGCACGAUCAAAACUCCGAUAAUUAAACAAGAAAAACAACAUUCGACGCAAUGGACCGCGGUAUAUUUCGACAAACGUUGAUUGGAUUCAUAUGCAGCAUUUUAAUCAUCGAUUGCGGCCUCCAUGAAGGAUGGAGCACGCCGACUAUACCGAAAUUCAACCUCAACGACCCUUUAGAGGUGACGACCAACGAAAUCGCUUGGAUCGUGAAUCUUAUGUACGUUGGAGUUGGUAUCGGCUCGUUGGUACCUUUCAUAUUGAUGGACAAUAUCGGACGUAAGGGAACUUUGCUAGUUACUACGAUACCGAAGAUCAUCUCGUGGAUCUUCAUUGGAGUGUCCACGUCCGUAUCGUUCAUAUAUGUCGGACGGAUCCUCGCGGGCAUUGGAUGUGGUAUAACGUACGCUGUAAUGCCGAUGUAUCUUGGCGAGAUCAGCAGCAAGCGGACCAGAGGUCCUUUAGGUACUUUAAUGGCUGUUUUACUCAACAUCGGGAUGCUGCUUGCCUAUGCAAUCGGCCUGUGGAUCAGUCGAUUUGCAAUGGCGAUGAUAAGCGUGUGUGCGCCGGUGAUAUUUCUGCUGACUUUCAUAUGGUUACCCGAAAGCUCGGUGUUCCUCACGCGGAAGAAUAGACUGGAACCUGCGGAGAGGACUCUCAAGUGGGCCUUAGGUAAGGAGAACGUAGACGAGGAACUCGAGGAGAUCAAAAGAAUUGUGGAGACCGAGGACAAGUGUAGCAAGAUGACUCUCGGAGAGAUGUUCAAAGAGAUUUUCACCAAGACGCACAACAGGAGAGCUUUUCGAAUCGCUCUGAUACUAUUGAGCGGCCUUACAUUAACGGGUGCAGCGCCAAUACUGGUGUACCAGUCAUUCAUAUACGACGAGGCCGGUUUCGAGAUCUCGACCAAUACCAGUAUCAUCCUAUCAGGCGUCGCCAUCGUUUUGGCUGGCACCGCCUGCGUGUCGUUGGUGCGUUUCACGGGCAAGAGAUUGCUACUGCUGAUUGCCGCACCGAUUUGCGUGAUAUCGCUGGCGAUAAUAGCCGUUUUCUUCGAGCUACAGUCCAGCGGCUACGACGUCUCCCAAUUCAAGUGGGUGCCCACGGUCUUCGUGGUGAUUUACGUGCUCGGCUUCGGAUUCGGCCUUAAUCCGAUACCGCUGGCGUACAUCGGCGAGAUCUUCGGCGUCGAGGUCAAAGUACCCGCUGCGGUGCUCAAUGCUCUCUACUACGCUGUAAGCACCAGCGCCAUUGUAAAGUUUUAUCAGGUCAUGCAAGAGUUAUAUGGCACGUUCGCACCAUUAUGGACGUUCACCGCGAUAACGUUUCUUAUAUGGGUAUUAAUUUACCUAUUUGUGCCCGAGACCGAAGGCAAAACCUUGGAAGAGAUACAAUUGGAAUUGCGAGAUAAAGAUUACAAAAUCGCAACAUCGAUAAUGGCGUUAAAUCGCAUUUGGAACUGGUGAAAGCACUAGGGAGAAACGACGCGAGGGAAAAUCAUUGGUCUUGUUUGAUCGUAAAGCUCCAACUCCGCAAAGAGAAUCAUUUAGUAGCGAUAUCGUGUACGACGAGAUUCGUAUGUUCGAUCGGACAAGUUAAGUUCUCAUUAAAAACACAUUUGCAACGUGAGUUUGUUGACUUUACUUUUUAAUCCUUUAUGUUAAAGUCCAAUAUUUCUCGUUAUGCGUACUGCUAAACACUAUUUCGUGUUAGCAAUGUAUAAGUAAAAAAAUAACUCUAUCACAUUCAUGUGACCACAUAUUCUCUAUUUUACUUAAUAACACGAGUAUAGUUCUGGACACAGCGUAUAAUUAUUUCAAUAUCCAAAUCUUAUUAUAAUAUUAUGAAAUAUCAUUUAAAGACGUAUUCUCUUUCGAUGUUAUUUUUAUAUCCUUUUUUAAGUUUUUCUUUUUUAAGUAUAAAAGCAUAAACUUCAAACUUGGUAUAUUUAUUUUUUGACAUACAUAUGAAUGUUUUUCAUAAAUUUUUUGAAAUAUUAAGAAAGAUGUUUUUCGUAAUUAUUUGUAAAUCUGUAUAAAUGUAUAAAAAAAUUAGUUUGCUUUUUUGCAAAAAAACGUUUUUUCAAAGUUUUGAAAAAAAUUCGAUUUUUUUUUUCAAGAUUUUUUCUCAUUGAAAAAAUCGAAAAAUUGGAUAUUUGAUUGUAGGUUGGAUAAAAGAGAAAUAUGUUGUAAAUAUCCCCUAAAAAUUUUUGAGUCAAUAGGAUUAAAAUUAAAUGAGUUUUUAUGGCACACAACAAUUCUCAAAAAUGUUAUUUUUCACGUUAAACAUUUUGCAAACAGUUAAUAAAAAUACGCUAAUAAAACAAGUUUCUUACUUAUAAUCUGCUCUCUCUCUCUCUUUUUUUCUCUCUUUUGCUCUCUCUCAGUUCAAACUAUUAAAAAAUGUCGGAAACAAUCCAACUAAAACUUAAUGAACUUUUUGAAAUCCAAAAGCAAAAAUACCUCAAACUCCUGUAAUAUAUCUUGCUUUUCACGCAUGUGAAAUAUUUCAAUAAACUGCUCACUUCAUCCAUGUAAAUAUAAGGAGAUUGAGUGCUAAAAUGACAAAGUGCCUUAUAAAUUUUUCGGUCAAUUUAUGCUUAUAUAGAAACCCGUCACGUUUGCCUCCAAUAAAAAAAAUGCAAUACUAUCCGAAAUCGGUUCUUUCAUCGUAAAUGAUUAUCUUGGCUACGCUGAUGAUGGCUCGUCAGUGUCGGUAUACGACAUUGGUGUAGGACGUGUACGUUGGACGACAUAUCUUGCAUACGCCUGUUGGCGUUUCUCGCGAACAGAACAUCUGUACAUGUGUAUCGUUCACAUAUAUCGCUCGUACGUAUAUUUACAAUUAUGCGGAAAUGCAUUUGCCUAUAUGUGCACAUGUAUAAUUGUUUAUUCGCCGAUACCCUCUCGUGUGAUGUAUUAGUCUGAACAUGUAUGUUCCGAAUACACAAAUGCGGAUUUGAGCAUGAUUAGAUUUAAUAUUUCAAUGUAAGAGCCACUAUCUCAUAUCUCUGCACAGAAAAAGAAAUAAAAAUAUACAUCGAUAGUAUUAAUAAUACUGAUUUCGUCUUUGUAACAUCGUAAUAUAUACUCUAUUAUGAGUCAAAAAUAAAUAGAUAAAUAAAUGUAUAGCAAAUACAGUAAAAA